UUCUGUGGUGGAUAUUCGUUUCUAUGUCUUUUUUUUUUUGAAGAAUACAGCUUUGCCUGAAGCAGAAGGGAUAUCUCAGACUGGAUGGGAGGGAAGGAGGCCGAGGCUUCGAAACCCAGGGGCUUGUUUUGGUGGUUGCUAGUUUUAAUAAUUGGAGCUCUUGUAGUAACAACAGCUGUACUAACCAUUUUAAGGGACUUCCAUUACUUCAAGAAAAACCGACCUCCAAGUCACCCCAUCAGCAAGAAAUAUGCUGAUGCUCUUGAAAUAGCUCUUCAAUUCUUUGACAUACAAAAAUCUGGCAAGUUAGUGGAUAACAGGAUUUCUUGGAGAGGGGACUCAGGGCUGCAAGAUGGUAGCGAAGGGAAUUUGGAUUUAUCAAAAGGAAUGUAUGAUGCUGGGGAUACAAUGAAAUUUGGGUUUCCAAUGGCAUUCACUGCUACAGUGUUGUCAUGGGCGAUUCUUGAGUAUGGUGAUCAGAUGAAUGCUGUGAAGCAACUGGGGUAUGCGCAGAACUCGCUUAGGUGGAUCACAGAUUACCUUAUCAAUGUGCACCCUUCUGAGAAUGUGCUCUAUAUCCAGGUGGGAGAUCCGGAAGUAGACCACAAAUGUUGGGAAAGACCUGAAACCAUGUCAGAGAGAAGGCCUCUAAUACAGGUUAACACAUCUUUCCCUGGAACUGAAGUUGCGGCGGAAACAGCUGCAGCUAUGGCAUCAGCAUCCCUGGUUUUUAAGAAAAUAGACUCUGAUUACUCGAAUUCACUCCUUACCCAUGCUCGGCAACUGUUCACCUUUGCUGAUACUUUCAGAGGUUCUUACAGCAUCAGUUUUCCUCAAGUUCAGAAAUUCUACAACUCCACAAGAUAUGGAGAUGAACUGCUGUGGGCUGCUUCGUGGCUCUAUCAUGCUACACAGGAGGAAUCAUACUUAAGAUAUGUAACUGAGCUAAAUGGGAAAAAUUUUGCUAAUUGGGAGAGUCCAACUUGGUUCAGCUGGGAUGACAAGCUUGCUGGAACUCAGGUCCUUCUGUCCAGGAUAAACUUCUUUGGUGUCAAAGAAAUGUCAACUGUUGAGAACCUAUGUCUUCAGAUGUACAGGAAAACAGCUGAGGCCAUCAUGUGUGGUCUUCUACCAGAUUCACCAACAGCCACAUCGAGAAGAACAGAUGGUGGCCUGAUAUGGAUCACAGAAUGGAACUCACUGCAGCAUCCUAUGGCUUCUGCAUUCCUAGCUAUAAUUUAUAGUGAUUACAUGCUCACUUCACAGACUGAAACAUUAUACUGCAGUGGGAAUUCCUACAAGCCGGAAGACCUUCGCAAGUUUGCUAUGUCUCAGGCAGAUUAUGUGUUGGGAACAAAUCCAAUGAAGAUAAGCUAUCUAGUAGGUUAUGGGAGUAGCUACCCCCAAUAUGUACACCACCGGGGAGCUUCAAUCCCAGUGGAUGCUGACACCGGCUGCAAAGACGGAUUCAGGUGGCUGAAUUCAGACGAUCCCAAUCCAAACAUAGCUUUUGGAGCACUUGUUGGCGGUCCCUCCCUGAAUGAUUCUUACUUGGAUUCUCGAAACAAUGUGAAACAGGGUGAACCAAGCACAUACAACACUGCCCUCAUCGUUGGCCUUCUCUCUGGCCUGCUCACUGCUUCAUCUGUGGCUAAAUCUUACCCAUAGAACGACUCUCAUCCCCUGUACAGUUUUGAGCUGGUAAAUAGUUGUGAGAUGCAUGAGAAAAGAAAAACAAACACUUCCAAACUUUCUCUGAGGUCCAAGAGAGCUUUUCCCAAUGCCUAUUUCCUUGUUUCUGAAUGGAAUCUUAUAUCUUCACUAAUCUUCUUUUGCUUGGUUCUCAUUUUCAA